AUUGCCAGUUUGGCUGGAUUCUGAAUUUUCUUUCUGUUUUGGACCCAACUUUGGCGUGCUGAAGCAGACGAGCGUAUCAGUUGAACAAAUGCCCAUUCGACUACGACACAAUCCAUUCAAACUGCCGGAUCAGAUCCUCAAUCUGCAGACAGCAGGCAAAAUCAAUGCAUUGCCAGCAUGGUAUGCUGCAAUGCAACUGCAUCCUCCUGCUCCCAAACCUCUUCAAUCUGUCAUUCCAUCCGAAGUCGGUCAGUUUCAACCUGAAAAUGGCCGUCUGCUUCUUCAUCAACAACAGCUGGCAAUAGCAAUUCGCUCUGCCCGUCGCAGACCUAAAACCCUCUCUGUUCGUAAACAGCUGGUCGCAUCCACUGCUGCUGCAGUGCUGGCUGUUAAAAACCGAUCGCCUGCUGUUCCCUGUGGUGAUGCUGCACUUGCUGCCAGUCUGGCCUACAGUGUGCCCGAUAUUGUUUAUCCCGAAGAUGAAAUACGUCGAGUGUUUUACAAGCGACAUCCAUUCGAGUUGGAUCGUGCCCGGUGCAUUGUCGAACGGGAAUUUAGUGUUGCUGUUGAAUGGGUCGAUAUCCAUGGAGGACAUGCACUUGUUCCUCUAUCUGGAGAAAGUGUUGUGCAGCGUACCAUGUAUCUCUUGAAUCAAGCCGAGUUAAAGGCUAUCAAGGAGGAAAAGCGGACAAAGACAUCUGUGGAUAGAAAAUCGUUUCGAUCGACGGCGUACAAGCAAGCAUUGACUGAAUUCUAUGCUGCUCGAGAGGAGGAAGAGCUUCGUGAACUCAAAAUGUAUGACGACGCGGAAAUUGCACAUAAAAAGAGUCUUUCUGAAAUGGCUGAAAAGAUCAAGACUGGCGAAGCUGUUGCUCCCGUAAGUGAUACGUUUAGCGAUCCAAUUUUGGGAGCUCGUCAUAAGGCUGGAUCUUUCUGGCAUGCCGAGGAGAUUGAACUGGCAGAUUCUCGUCUAUUUAGCAAAGACCUUGCUAAACAGCAAGAGUCGAAAAAAAUGAUGCAGGACAAACUAAAGGCUUUUGAUCAAGGUAGACUAGCUCAAAAAUCAGCCGGCUCUUUACCCUCUUUCUGAUUCAAGUUUAUUUUAUCACAUUGAGGAGAAAAAGUAUGUUUAAAAAAUAAAGCAAAGCCAAACCGCUCACAUCUUCAUAGUCGU